AUGAGCAUCCAGGCCCUACCCAGACUCCUGGAACUGGCGGGAAAGAGCCUGCUGAAGGACGAGGCCUUGGCCAUUGCUGCUCUGGAGUAUCUGCCUUCAGAGCUCUUCCCGCCGCUGUUCAUGGUGGCCUUUGCUGGGAGAUACAACAAGACCCUGAAAGUGAUGGUGUGUGCCUUUCCCUUUGCCCGCCUCCCUCUGGGGGGCCUGAUGCAGACACCUCACCAGGCGACCUUACAAGCAGCACUCAGUGGGCUUGACGUCUUGCUUGCCCAGAAGGUUCUCCCCAGGAGGCGGAAACUGAAGGUGCUGGAUUUAGGGAAUACUUGUCAGAACUUCUGGAGAGUGUGGUCUGGAGCCGGGGCCCAUGUGUCCCCACCGAUGGGACCAGUGGCCAAGGACGGUGUAAGGAUGAGGUAGCCCUUGGCUCCCUUGGUCGUGUCCAUAGACCUCUGCCUCAGGGACAGGACCCAGGAUGAAUGCCUCACCUACACACAGAGAAGUUCACUCCACCUGUGCUGUAAGAAGCUAAAGAUUUUUACAAUGCCCAUCCAAAAUAUUAAGAAGGUCCUGAAUAUGGUGCAGCUGGACAGUAUCCUGGAGGUGGAAGUGAACUGCACGUGGAAGCUGUCCACCCUAGGGAUGUUUGCUCCUUACCUGGGCCAGAUGAGUAACGUGCAGAGACUCGUGCUCUCCCAUAUCCACACGACGCCCUCCAAGGAGGAGAAGCAGCAUGUCGCCCGAUUUACCUCUCAGUUCCUCCAGUUGCACCACCUACAGAAGCUCUCUAUGGAUUCUCCCUCCUUCCUGGAGGGCCGCCUGGACCAGAUGCUCAGGUGCCUGAAGACCCCUUUGGAGACCCUCUCCAUAACAAACUGUCAGCUCACAGAAUCGGACUUGGCCCACCUCUCCCAGUGCCCCAACGUCAGCCAGCUGAAGGACCUGGAUCUGAGUGGCAUCAGCCUGACCUAUUUCAGCCCUGAGCUCCUCCAAGUUCUGCUAGAGAAAGUGGCAGCCACCCUCCAGGACCUGGACUUAGAUCUGUGUGGACUCACAGAAGCCCACCUCAAGGCCGUCCUGCCAGCCCUGAGCCGCUGUCACCAGCUCCAGACCUUCAGUGUCCGCGGGAACCUCCUCUCCGGGGCCAUCGUGGGGAGGUUGCUGCGCCCCACCGCCCGGCUGCGCCAUCUGCGCCUCGAGCUCUAUCCUGCCCCUCUGGAGAGUUAUGACCCUCAGGGAGCUCUCCACCUGGGGAGAUUUGCCCAGGUUCGGGCUUAG